ACCCGCCCUGUCCACGGUGUACCGCUGACCGUCACUCUCUCAUCGGUCUGCACAGUUGCAGUGGCGCCUUCUCGCGUUAGCUUCCAUGUCGACCAACUAGAAAGAGCAUUUUAUAAUGUCGACCAACCGGUUAGCUCCCUCGAGCGAGCUAACGGGUGUUCUACGAAAUGGGACGAUGUAGCGGACCAACUCUUUUGGACAAACCGCACAGUACUUUAGCAUGCUAAGCUAACGUGGAGCCGUACACACCCAGGGAGUUCAGAGCCAGUGCAGCGAGCUAACGGCUGUGAGCUAACGGGGGCUAGCAUUCACCUGCGGGCUGUUCAAGCUAACUGACGCUAACUGGCGUUGCUAGCUAACAGGAUGGAAAGUGUGAAGGAAAACCAGUCUGGAGCGCUUUCAACUUCUUCAACACCACAGGGGGUACUUGAUUCUAGCAGUGACAGUAAUCCCGCGAAGCCAAGUGGAUUAACGUUAACACCGCUGUCUGCGGGAAAGAGACCCUCACUCGGGGAGGAUGACGGUGGGGGCGCGGAGACCAAACUCUUUGGGAAGGGACUCGCAGCCACCUCCCUUCUCCAGAUCGCGAUAAGGAACGGAAUCUAUCAGAACCAAGUGGCCAACGCUAUCGGCAGUGCGGCCAAAAACAUGAGCAUUCCCGCCGUUAAGACGGCCAGUAUAUACAGCCUGACGUCUGUCAACAGCACCGCUUCUGUCAACUCUUUGCUGAGCAAGAGACGACAGAGACACAAGAGGAAUCUGUCUCUGGGGGCUCCGCCGACCAGCAGCUCACCCAGUGUGUCCUCCGUUGAGGCGGCCAGUCCCGCACCCUCCGCCUCGCCGCUGAGCACCCUCAGCCUGGACAGGAAGACUUUUCUUCGGCAGAAGCAGUCCAAGCAGCUCCAGGCCUCGGAUAAGACUUGGGUGAGAUCGGACUCGCGGCGCGGCUGCAUACACGUCCACGACUGGCUCACGCCCUCCUACCCCCGACCGGUGCUCUGCACAGUGGACACCACCGCUACAGAGGUGGUCAGUAGGUUGGAGGGGAGCAAAGCUGGGGCCGUGUUGAGAAUUAACUGCAAAGCCGCCGCUUUAGUUGACUUAAACGAUAAUUGUAAAGCUAGCAAUGGACAUUCUGAUGAAAUCAGCGUGGAUGUCAAAACCUCCAAAGCAGAGGAGAAUGAACACAUUAAACCGCAUUACACUGAUGCUAAACUGUCCUCUAACUUGUUGGAUGAUAAAACCGCGAGUAACUCCUCAUCGGAGGUCUACCUGAGUGAAAUUGGGGUGGAUUUGAGCCUCAGUGUGGCGGACUGUUACGGGGUCUACUCCGGCUCAGAUAUGGAGAGCAGCACCUGUGACGACUUCAGCCCAUGCGGACCCAGGAGCACGGAGCACCAGGACUCGCUCAGUGACGGACUGGGUUUGGGUACGGACUCCUCGGUGUUGAGUCCGAACGGUGACAGCGCCACAGAGGGACCAGACCCGUUUGAGAGCUCCUCGGAUGAAGUGGACCUCACCUCCUCCCCAACACAUCCAACUGGCGGCGUCUGUGCUGUAGACCAGCAGGCGGGCCUGCCCACCGCGGACCCCCGCAGUGCUUCCAGCCAAGUGACAACUGCACUGGGUGACACCGUAGCUGGUGACGGUGUAGGGGCCCCCAACUUAAUCGAACCUACAUCCAAAUGCCCCGGCAGCUCUCAGACUCGGCCGCUGUCCAGCCAAGCGUCUGCCCAGCCUGACCCGGAGGUCCCAGAGGGCAGCAGAGGAUGGCCGGAGCCCGUCAUCGCUAGUCCGACACCGGCCCUCUUCGUCCAGCUGCACGGUGGAGCCGUGCGGCGGCUGGGAGAUGAUGAAAGGCCUCUUCAGAUACUCAAUGAGUACCUCACUAAUCUGGGAUUCGAAGACCCGUGGAGGGUGCAGGGGGAGGGGAUGAAUCCAGAAGUUGGUUGCCUGAUACGCUUCUACUUUGGCAAGCCUCGGAGUGUGGGAGGUUCUGAGCGUGUGCAGAUCUCUGGGGUGUUCAACGUGCGGAAAGGGAAGCUGGCUUUGCCGGUGAACCGCUGGUCGAAGCGCCAGGUGACACUGAGUGGAACCUGCCUCAUCGUGUCAUCUGUGAAACACGCCCACACCGGCAAGAUGCACAUCCUCCCUCUCAUCGGAGGAAAGGUGGAGGAAGUGAGGAGACACAGCCACUGUCUGGCUUUCAGCUCAGCUGGUCCUCCGAGUCAGACCUACUACAUCAGCUACGACUCGUACACAGAGCACCUCCGCUGGCACAGGACCGCCUCAAAGAUUGCCUCCCAGAGGGUGAACUCAGUCGACCUGUCGGGCUGCAGCUUGGAGGAGCUGCCGGCUCAGCUCUUUUACAGCCAGGACCUUACCCACCUCAAUCUCAAAAACAACUUCAUGUCCCUGCUCAAAGGUGUUCCAGCACUCACCAGGUUUUGUAAACUGAGAAGCCUCGGUCUGUCAAAUAACGCCCUGUCAGACUUCCCUCUGGCCCUGUGCGACAUCACCUCUCUCACAGAGCUAAACUUGUCUGGAAACCGUCUCUCGUCUCUGCCUGCUGAAGUAGGAGCUAUGCACAACCUCCAGACUCUCCUCCUGGACAGUAACUUCCUGGCUUCUCUGCCCGUGGAGCUGGGCUCUCUGGAGGGCCUGACCUACCUCGGCUUGUCCUUCAACUGUUUCAGCUGCGCCCCUCCCGUCCUGGAGAAACUCAGAGGCUUGGAGAGACUCUGUCUGGCAGGGAACCAGCUCUCUGUCCUGGAUAUGGCAGCACUGCAGUGGCUGCCUGCUCGCCACAUAGAUCUCAGGCUGAACCGCCUUCAGAAGGUGACAGUGGGAGACUCGGAGCAGCUGGUCCACAUCGUCCAGCUGGACCUGAGGGACACGGGGCUACAGGAGCUGGAUGUUCGGUCUCUUUGUAGGCUGGAGCUCCUCCGCUGCGACAGAAACACUCUCUCCUUCCUCAGAGUCAGUGGCCACGCCCUCAAGAGCCUGCACGCCACACACAACGAGCUGACGCUGCUGGAGGUGCAGCCGGUGCCAGAGAAUCUGUCUGUUCUGGAUUUGUCCUGGAACAAGCUGGGAUGUGUCCCUGCCUGGGUGUGUGAGAGCAGCAGACUGGAGGUGUUGGACAUCAACCACAAUUCUGUUACAGAGCUGCCUGUACAGCUGCUGUCCAGUGGGAGCCUGAGGAAGCUGCUGGCAGGCUGGAACCAAGUGUGUCGGCUGGCUGAGAGGCUGGAGAGAUCGCAGCUUGAGGUCCUGGACCUCCAACACAACCAUCUGACUGAGCUCCCACACAACCUGUUCAUCAAAGCACAGAGCUUGAGGUACCUAAAUGUGUCGGCCAAUAAGCUGGAGAACCUCCCUGCGGCCAGCCUAUCGGAGGACAGCUGCAGCAGCCUGGAGGAGCUCUAUGUGACCAAUAACAGCUUGACAGACAAGUGUGUCCCUCUGCUGACCGGACACAGCCACCUCAGGGUGCUUCACCUGGCCUACAACCAGCUGCAAACCUUCACCGCCAGUAAACUGGCCCGACUGGAGCAGCUGGAGGAGCUGGACCUGAGCGGCAACAGACUGAGGGCCGUGCCCACCACCAUCCUCAGCUGUCAGCGUAUGCACACACUCUCCGCCCACUCCAACUGCAUCAACGCGUUCCCCGAGGUGCUGCAGCUGCCAGAGAUCAAGUUUGUCGACCUGAGCUGCAACGAGCUGACUGAGCUCACUCUGCCGGAGACGCUUCCUCAGAAGCUUCAGGAGCUGGACAUCACAGGCAACCCUCGCCUCAACCUGGACCACAAGAGCCUGGAGCUCCUCAAUAAUAUCAAAUGUUUCAGGGUGGAUCCAUCCCCUUCUGCUCCGUGUGUGAGCGAGAGCCACGGGGCCCCUGCAGUCUGGAGCCACGGCUACACCGAGGCCUCUGGAGUCAAAAACAAGCUGUGUGUGGCUGCUCUGGCUCUAGACAGCUUUUGUGGGAUUCGUGAAGCUCUGUAUGGAGUUUUUGACGGAGACAAGAACGUCGAGGUGCCUUACUUGCUGCAGUGCACCAUGGGAGACGUGCUGGCAGAGGAGCUUCACAGAGGCCAGAGGCAGGAAGAUCAUAUGACCAACACUUUCCUCACCAUGCAGCGGAAACUGGGCACAGCGGGUCAGAGGAUGGGGGGUUCAGCGGCUCUAUGUCACAUCAGACAUGACCCGGUGGCUCCCGGCGAGCGCGGCGGCUGCUUCACGCUGAAGGCCGCCAACGUCGGCAGGUGCCAGGCUGUUUUGUGCCGCGACGGUAAAGCUAUGCAACUUUCCACCACACACACCGUCAAAGAGGUGCCGGAGUACCAGAGGGUCCGGCAGCACAACUCCAUCAUCACCGAGGAUAACAAAGUCAGUGGCGUAACCGACUCCACCAGAAUUCUGGGUUACUCCUUCCUGUGCCCGUCUGUGACCCCCAGACCCCACGUCUCCACGGUGACCCUCACCCCGCAGGACGAGUUCUUCCUCUUGGGCAGCCGGGGCUUGUGGGACAUGCUGUCUCCCAGCGAGGCGGUGGAGGCGGUCCGGAACGUACCGGACGCUCUGGCCGCCGCCAAGAAGCUGGUGACUCUGGCUCAGAGCUACGGCUGCUCCGACAGCCUCAGCGCUGUCGUCAUCCAGCUCAGCAUCACGGAGGACUGCUGCUGUUUCUGCGAGCCGCUGCCGCCCCCUCACAGUCCCGGCCCGGGCACGCACCCGUACCCGGCGAGCGGCGAUGGCGGAAUGCCGCUGCCGCCGGCCUCCUCGGGAACAGCGAGCGACCUGAGCAGCGAGUUCAGCACGUCGGAGAUGAGCAGCGAGGUGGGAUCCACGGCGUCCUCCGAGGAGCCGCCGCCUCAGACCGAGCCCCUCGCGUGUCACCUGAAUCCUCUGGGGCGAGCCGGCACGCGGAGACCGGCCUGCGGAGGCGGGACCUUCCACAGACAGUUCUCCGGAGCCCUGUCUGACAACGGGGUCGACAGCGAGGACGAAGAGCCCAUCGCUGGCGUCUUCUCCAACGGCAGCCGCGUCGAGGUGGAGGCCGACGUCCACUGUCUGCACCGCCCGAUGCCCCAAAUGCACACUCGCGCUCAACCGAGCGUGUACGUCCCUGCCGCCGUCGCCUCGCACCACGAGCCGUCGCCUCUUCCCUUCUCCUCCCCGUCUCCCUCCCCGGUCCCUCCCUCCUCUCCCUGCCUCAGCGGGGAGGGUCAGUCGGGGACUCUGGGCCGCAGGGCCCGAGCUAACGGCUCCGUGGCCUGCCAAGGACGGAACCAGGACCUCAUAGAGGAGGCGGCCGACGCCCCCGUCAGGAAGCAGGGGGGCUACUUCAACGCUCCCGCCCAGCCGGACCCCGACGACCAGCUUAUCAUCCCGCCAGAGCUGGAGGAGGAAGUCCGGCAGAUCAUCCAGCAGCAACAGCAGCAGCAAAUUCAAACACACAACCAGCCAGCACACAGCUACCAGAAACCUGCAGACUAUUUCGUCACGCCCCUUUAACUUGUGCUCCACCUCUACAACAGCUGGUGUCAUCUGGACUGUCUGUUUUGGUGCUCUGCAUUAAGUCGUAUCGCUCCCUCCAAAAAAACCUCAGAGUUUUCUGAACAUGCUUCUGGACCAGCAAAACUGUGUUUUUGGUAUGGUUUCUUUUGUUAUUCACUUAAUUUUUUUACUGUUGACUCUAUGCCCCUUGAAACGCAAUGCAAUUUUUUAUAACACUUUAUGUUGAUUCAACCUUUCACAUCUAAUUCAUUUUGACCAUAUCUUUCAUUUGAAGAAGCACUUUGAAUGCUUUUCAUUGGCCUGUUGAGAUGCAUUCUAUGUAAAAUGGUACUUUGCGAUACGGACCGGUGUGUUUUUGUGUUGUAGCAGACACUUCUCCCGUGUGUCGCGGCUGAUGGCCUUUACAGUUGUCGGAGUUAGUAGGACUGUUAAACUAACUCCUAGGAGUUUGACACUUUAAAGUGACCUCGUCACUGAAGCGUACUAAUAUUCUCUGAGAGAAAAGAUGAUUACUUCAGAAGGCUGAUAUUCCAGGUUUCUGUUCUCGGGGGCGGGUAGUAGAGUGCAGAGUGGUGCUGGGGGGGGGGAUCAUACAGUGACUAUCUCAGAACAGUGUUACAGACAUCUUGUUAAUGGCAAAUCGCACAAAAGAGCUACUUUUACUAUAUAAUAAAUUAAAGUUUUCAGAUAACGACAUGUUGACUGAAUUCUUGUGGAGGGGGGGGGGGGUACUUGUAUUUUGCCAUCUGUUUUGUUUGUCAAGAGCUUUUAAAGGCUUAGUUCACAGUUAAUACACUUCACACACACAAUGUGCUUCUCAUGCAACCGUAUCUUGGCCAUGCAGAUAGUUUGCGUUUUAUUUGACAAGGAUUACAAAUGUGUGCUUUCUAGACGGAAUCUUGUUUGUGGUGCACAAGACAUUAAAACGUCACUUAUGAUUUUUCUUAAAACAAUGCAGGAUAAUCCCAAGACCUGGCCUGGUUUUCUUUUCAUGUUUGAAGGAACAUGAAUUUUCAGCAACUAUUAGUAAUUUUUAAAGAAAAUAAAAAAAAUGCCAAGCAUUUCCUAAUUCCAGUUUCUCAAUUGAGAGGCAUGAACUACUUGCUGCUAUUCUAUGUGAUUGUAAACUGACUUUUUGGGGGGAAUUUAGACUGGUGGUGACAAAACAAGUUACUUAGAGACAUCACCUUGAGUUUAAGGAAAUAGUGAUGAGCAUGUCCUUUCUACUUUUGUGACAUUUUAUAUACCAAACAAUUAAGACAGUAGUUGUCAAAUUAAAUUAGGGCUUAAAAUAAUUCAAUGAUUGAUUUCUCUACCAGUUAUAAUCUCAAUUCAUUGAUUGUUUGAUGUACAAAGCAUGAUGUAGCAUCCAAAACAUGUCAAUUUAAUAUGUCAUAAGACAAAAGAAAAGCUCAGAAUCAUUACAGUUGAGAAGGUGGAACAAGAUCAUGUUUGGUGUUUUUGCUAGUAACUGAUCAGUUCAGCUCUAGAUACAUCAAUAAUACAACUAAUCCAUUCACCUUUAUUGCAUUGGGUUGGCAGCAUAAAUCUUAGAGGAUAUAUAAAUGGAUGGAUUUCAAAAGUUGCCACAUAUGCUGAAACUGCAUCGCUGUUGUGCAAACCACUAAAAAUGUGUUUGUAAAUUGGGUGAACUGACCGCUUUUAAAGAUCUUAAAAAUCUAAAUAUAAAGUUAGGGAACUGCACAACCACAACGAGCAGCAACCCUGCGUUUCUCUCAGCCGAUGUCUCGUUAGUGCAGCUGGGAUACAAUCGCUGCAUUGUGUCAUCUGAAAACGGUCAAAUUAGAACUCACUCUGGAGAAUUUCAUUUGUUAGUAAUUAAGUCUUGGCUGAAGAGUUUGCAACAGUUACAUCACCGCUGUGUCCUUCUUGUGUAUGUUUGGCCCAUUGUGUGACAGCAGAGAAGGGAGGGGGGGGCAUAGAGCGGUGAUGUCAUGGCUGGCAGGCACACAAGCUGUGUCCCAAUCCACCAGCUGCAUCCUUCAAAGGCUGCAUUUGUAGACCGCUUGCGUCACAGCGGCUGCCACGAGGCGGUCCAAUUUCCAAGACUCCUUCGAAUGCAGCCUUCUACUCCCAGAUUCAGAGGACACGACUGAUGGAUACAGUUACAUUAGCUCUCAUCCUAUAUUACAGUUACAUUACCUCAUCCUAUACUUUUACUAAGAGGACAAUACACUUCUGAUUUGUUAUUGUUGCUGUCACAGAGGUGACAGUUGUGACAGUCAUCUUUUUCUUUUAUUUAUUUAAACCCACAAUAAGACAUGUAAAUGAUUUGUGUAUAUGCUGCUGUGUAAAAUGUGUCAAUCUUAAGUUUGCGUCCUUGU